AGGAGGAGGAGGAGAGGGAGGGGCCAUGAAUUGAACAACUCAAGCCGUGUGAGCGACUCUCUCAGGGGACGUGUGAGCUUGGUACUCGUUGCUUGUUUGUAGGUGUAAAUAGGAGUGAAGGACCCGUUAGUAGGUUUUAUCCUUGAUUGGGCUGACCGUGUUACUUAAACAAGCAGCGACGCAGCCCUUGGACUUUUCUCGAAGCUUCUGUGGCGACUAGACGAGGAAAGCACCUGUUCUUGUGUCGGCUGCUAAUCGGAGACGGAGGACCAACGUCCCCCCCUUCUCCCUUGGAGCGAGUGGAUGACUUCGGUGGAUGAAGGUUUGUCUGGCGUCAAGAGGGGGGCCGUGGACUGUCGACCCCCCUCUGUAGGAAGCGAGUCAAGCGAGGACGAGCGUCACUGUCCGGUCAUUAUGUGCACACGGGCCUAUCCGGACGAUUUACCCAGCAGCCCACUGUUCCCUGGAGACACCGAGGAAGACGACAGCAAGGAAAGGGACUCGGACAGAGACAGUGCAGUGGAGAGCACCCAAGGAUCUGACACCUCGGAGGGUCCCACGAGAUUUGGGGAUAAAGAAGAUAUAUUGGGGGAUCUCUUCUUUCCUGCUGAGAAGACGAGCUGCACAAGCAAUUCUGUGAUCUCUGACCUGUCAACGCGCUCUUCGGCUUCACUGAACGAGGAGCAGUUUGAGGACUACGGUGUAGGGGAGGAGCCAGACUAUGCUUCCAGCAGUCCCUGUCUAGACGAUGAGACCCGAAUAAACGGGUACUCUGAUCUAGGCUCAUCUGUGUCCUCUAGCGCAGGCCAGACGCCUCGGAAAGUGCGUCAUCUUUACCCGAGCGAGAUGGUGGAUGUCUACUGUUCUCAGUGCAGCAAAAAAGUCAACCUGCUUAAUGACCUGGAAGCGCGUCUAAAAAAUCUCAAGGCUAACAGCCCCAACAGGAAAAUUUCCAGCACAGCAUUUGGGAGGCAGCUGCUCCACAAUAGCAACUUGAGUAGCAGGAACGGCAGUACAGAGGACCUUUUCCGAGAUAGCAUCGACUCUUGUGACAUCGACAUAAAUGAGAAGGUGAACUCUUUGGAGAAGAAAGUUGCAGAACUAGAGAAUGACAUUUUGUUGAAUGGUGAUCUGAAGUCCAAAUUGAAGCAGGACAACACACAUUUAGUACACAGAGUAAAUGACCUAGAGGAGCAGCUAAAAGACCAGGAGACCCGCGAGAGCCAAAAUCUACUGGAUGAGUUGAAAAGACACAGAGAAGCCUUUAGUAAAAUGGAGAAUGACAAAAAUACAGAGAUUGAAUUGCUCAACAACAGAGUUAAACAGCUGGAGGAUGAGAAAAAUGAAAUGCAUGUCAGCAUGUGCAGACUCAAGACUCACACAGAGAAAUUAGAUGAGGAGAAGCAAAGAAUGACCGAUAAACUGGAAGACACCAGCUUGCGCCUUAAGGAUGAAAUGGACUUGUACAGGAAAAUGAUGGACAAACUGCGACAGAACAGGCAGCAGUUCCAGCAAGAGAAAGAAGCCAUGCAGGAGUUAAUUGAAGACCUGCGGCGAGAGUUGGAGCAUUUGCAGCUCUUCAAGUUGGAAUCAGAGAAACCUGGAAGAGGACGCAGCUCUUCUUCUAGUCUGUCGGAAUACAACAGCAGGACCAGAGAGGUGGAGCUGGAGUACGAGGUCAAGAGGCUCAAACAGGAGAACCAGAGGUUGAAGGAACAGAAUGAUGAGCUGAACGGUCAGAUACUCAGCUUGAGCCUGUACGAAGCCAAGAAUUUGUUCGCCACGCAGACCAAAGCCCAGUCUCUGGCUGCUGAGAUAGAUAACGCCUCCAGAGACCAGUUAAUGGAAGCACUGAAGGAGCAGGAGGAAAUCAACAUGCGCCUGCGACAGUACAUGGACAAAAUAAUUCUAUCUAUCCUAGAUCACAAUCCAUCUAUUCUGGAAAUCAAGAACUAGCAGUGACUCUGAUUUUUAAGAGUCUGUACAUAAUAUGAAACACCCUGUUAUGGAACAUAAACAACUGGAAUAUCUCCCUCUGCUGUUUAUGGAUUGGAAAAACAGGGACACAAAGGGAGUUGACCAGAUGGUUAUGUUUCUAUUACUCUUGAACAUCAUCCGCAUUUUUUUGUACUCUAACUGUGAAGACCAAUCAUCCUUGUGCUUUAGGAUUGGUCGACUGAUUUACAGUACUGAACUAUUUGCACACUGGGAUGAUAGCUGGAGCAGCGUAAUCCAGCGGAUCUGUGCUUUGCCAUUAUCUAUUGCCCUAUUAGCUAAAGGACAGUUUUGCUCAGUGUAGGCCUGGAGAUAAGCACUGUCAGACAGGUGGCCAGUGUACUACCGCCUGAUCUGAAAAUGGCAACAUUUUCAGUCAAGUAAGUGAAAUACUGAAAUAAAACAGUUGUAAGUGAUGUGUUUGCUACUGGCAUGUCUAAAGAGAAGGUUGUGAAAUAAGGCAAAGGUGAUCAGAAAGGACUUUGAGUAUAAUGGGUCAUGUACCCAAACAGGAGGGUUAUGGGGAAGUCAAAUGACAGUCACAAGCUAUUUGGGUUUACUUUUGAGUAAAUGUCUUCCAAAAAUUUUGCAAUGACACAUACUGUGUCACUUAUUUCACUCAAGGAUUUCUUCAUUUAUUUGCUCAUGUCGUCACUUUAGGGGUUGGAGGGUGUUGCCAGCCAAGGAGUGGCAUUAAACUGGAAUUGAUGUUAAUCCUAUUUAGCAUCUCACCAAUUUACACAGUUAUUAGCAAUAAUAAGCUCAACAGAAAUGUGACGAGAGGAAAUGAAUGUGACAUUUGUGUUGCCGCUGCGGCGUGGUACUAAAGACAUGACUACACAGCCCAAAUGAUUGUAUGAAACUGUAAAUAUCUUGAAUGUACAUGUUGAUGUGCGAGAGGGACAUAUAUGCUGUACUAUGUAAUUACCUGAAACUUGAGUUUUGCUUCCUUGCACAAAAAUUGUUUCUCCAUCUGCAUGGUUUAUGUUUCGUCUGUGCCUUGGAAGACGUUUUUCAGAAACAGACGUUCUAUGUCUUAAUUUUUCUCGCAACAUGUAAAUUUUGUAAUUACGUAGGGAUCGUUUGUAAAUGUACCACUGAUUAGUCUUUUUAAGGAAUCUAUUUUCUACAGAUUUUAUCAGGAAAGAACAUGCAAUUGCUUAAGUGGCCUAUUAGUGGAUGCAUUGCACAAUACAUUGUGUGCUACAUGUGCGAACGCUGGCAAUUAAAAAAAAAAUCAUCUUGCAGGAGAAUUUGUUGUUGUUGCUAACAGAAGGUUAAUAUAGUUUCAGUGUGCUUUAUUGUUAAGUCUUCCUUAUUUGUGCUCAGUGGUGUAGACCAAAUUUAUCCACUAAUACCUACUUUUUUACUUUCUACUUUUUAUUUUCUACUUUUUUGUUGUUAACUUGCUUAACAAAUGGUUUUAUUUGGGCUACUUAUACUAGAAAUGAAGCACAUGGCAUUAACAGGGUUCUCAAAGUAUGAAAAUUGUUUUGAGUGAGACCAUACACAUGCGCGCGCAUGUACACACAUUGUAUAUACUCACAAUACGUCACAGCGUUAUUAAGUGAAAAUAAAUAACACUUGCACUACUUGUAUUCUGAACUCUUCCAUUUCAUAUUUUUUGAUGAAUAUAGUGCAGCUUGUUUUUGAAAGAAAACUAAGGAUGAUACCAUAAGUGUUCAUUAUUUAAGACUGGCUUCAUAUUUGUCUCUCCACUGAUUCAAAAUCUUUUUUUUUUUUUUUUUUAAUGAAAAGAACUUGCGCUAGCAUAAUAGCUGCGCGAUAUGCUAACACCACAAAU